CAGCCUAAUAUAUAAUAGCUAUGCUAUAAUAAAAACCAAUUUUCGGAAUAGCUCUUUUUUUUCUUCUUCUCAUCUAAUCAGGUGAAUUGAAGCUAAUUUACUAAACAUGAAUCUACGAAUGAAAAUAGUGAUAUGAUUAAGUACUUAAAAUUAUGAAUGGUAUAAAAGUACUAAAUGUUCAGGUAUAAUACUUCAUUGUGUUUAUAUUCAUAAAUUAAGUUAAAUGGGAGAACGUAAAGCUGUCAUUAAAAAUGCUGAUAUGCAUGAAGAUAUGCAAGAGACUGCUGUACAUACAGCUGCUGCUGCACUUGACAAAUAUGAAAUUGAAAAAGAUGUUGCUGCUUAUAUAAAAAAAGAAUUUGAUAGAAAAUAUAAUCCAAAUUGGCAUUGUAUUGUUGGAAAACAUUUUGGCAGUUAUGUAACACAUGAAACACAACAUUUCAUCUAUUUCUAUUUACAAGAACGAGCUUUCCUCCUUUUCAAAUCCGGUUAGAAGAUAUCAGUGACAAAUCGAAACAAAGAAAACAACAUUUAGUUUAUUUCAAUUGUACACUAGUUAGCAUACAUUUAUGUUUAAUUGAUAGUCCAAAAUGGUAUAAUUUAAUGUCUUUUCUUUUAACAACAACGACAACAACAACAACAACAAAACGAAAGUACAAUGGCAUUUUUGUACUGUUAUGUCAAAACAUUUUUUUAAUUUGUUUAAAAAACAAUAAAUAAAUAAAUUUGUUACUAUAAUUUUUGAUCAAAUCAUGACUUUUUAAUUAGCUAUACUGAGUUUAUUUUCAAUCUGUUCAAUGAAUAGACCAUCUUGGAGUUAAAAAAAACCAAUGUCAUUAAUAUGUUAACAUGAUUUAUAGUUGCAGAACUUCGUGCAUUGGUUAAAGUUAGACAUUAAUACCGUUGGAUGUCUGUUCAGUGGUCUUGAGAUUAAGUGUUGGUGCGCGAGGCUGAUAGGUCUUGGGUUCAAAUCUCACCAGGCGGGAUUGUGGAUGCGCACUGCUGAGGGGUCGCAUUCUAGGACGAAACAACUGUCCAGUGCUUUCAGGUUUCCCAUGGUGGUCUUGCUUUAGUUGAUUCAUGAACUCAACUAUUAAACUAGAAAAUACCCAGAAUUUUAACGAAUAAAUAGAAUAAAACAAAAAACGAACACAAAAAACACAAUGCAAACAAUUUUCUGGUGUUAACGUUCUGAUCAUUUAGGAGUAAAUAAACUUGUUUUAACAAUGCUUCAAUUGACUGAUGAAUUCAUCUAUUGAAUAAGUGUCUGAUGAUUCAUUCGUCAAACGAUUAAGUAACAAGGAAAUAUGAAACUAAUUAUAAAGUCGUAGAUUGAAUUUAAGCAUUAUUUAUUAUUUAUUCUCAAGUUAUCAAUAAUUGUUAUAUAUUAUUCAGAAAAUAAAGAGAGAGAUCUUCAAUAGAUAUGUAUGGACUUUGGCGACCUGCUUGAAUAUCUAAGCUACCCAUUCUUGCCA